AUGUCUCCCCACAGCGCUGAGCCGGAGUCAGGGAGCGCCUUCCAACCUAAGAUGGGGGUCCCUAGAAGGCCAGGGGACGCCGCAGAACUGCGCAAGACUCUGAAGCCUCUAAUGGAGAAACGCCGACGGGCGCGCAUCAACGAGAGCCUUAGCCAGCUCAAGGGUCUCAUCUUACCACUUAUCGGCAAGGAUAGUUCCCGCUACUCGAAGCUGGAGAAGGCAGACAUCCUAGAAAUGACAGUGCGCUUCCUUCAGGAGCUGCCGGCCUCCCACUGCCAUGCGGCUCCCACCUUAGCAGACAGCUACAGAGAAGGAUAUCGCGCCUGUCUCAGCCGUCUGACCCGGGUCCUGCCCACCUGCAGCCUCCUUGAUGGCGAGGUGUGCAACCGACUUCUGGAGCACCUGCACCGAAGCCCUUCGGGCCAGUACCCUCUUGGGCUCCAGGACUCCCGUAGCGGCCCCAAAACCUUGGGCUCUGAGUCGCCAGACAGAAUGCGGUUGGCCUCUUCUCCUCAAGGAUCUGGCUGUCCUCCUGGCCCCCCACCUUCUGGACUCUGGCGCCCCUGGUAG